UGACUUCAAUAGUAUCAGUUUAUGCAAUUAAAGCCAAAAGUCACCUAAACUAGUCCAUUACUCCAAGCCUAUUGCCGUUCGUGUUCCUUCCUUUCCAAUAUCGUCAAUAUCAUCACCUAACAGUAGAAAACUCGGAGCGUCAUUCAGUUUAAAAUACAUCCGCGCGUCACCUACCCACGCGUUGUUGCUGUUACCUCUGUUCUCCACUAGACGGCGAUAUUAGCCCAGGUCGCAGACUUAGCAGGUGCACCCGAGGAAAAGACCUGUCUGAAAUCUUCGGAUGUUUCCGCUCCCACUCGGGGCUGAGCUAGCGUCAAUUGGAAUGCGGUCGCCGGAGGCAGUAGGUAUUGCUGGACCACUUGACUGUGUGAUGUGCAAAUGGAAACAGAGGAUAUAAAUGGUGUCUUAUAGUUCAAGUUAACGAGGGUGGUGGCUGAGGACUCACUAUAAGCGUUGGACUAUGUUUCGCUCGGCAUAGAGAGGCGUUUUAUGUGUUGCCUAUGACUCGGCGUGGUAUGUUUAAAGUGAGAUGGAAUUAAAGCGACACCGAGGAUUCCCCAGCACCGCGGAACCACGCAUUGCAGACUGCGGCUACAAGACAGUCUGAGACAUGAGCAACAUCUGACUCCAACCCUCCAACCUUCAACCCCAAGACAGCGUUGUGGCACCUCAGGGUCACUUUCUAACAGUUGUCAAGGGUCUGACAGCAGAGGCAGCAGCAUCAUGUUCUACGGCUCGUCAUCGGGGGCCAGCAUGUCCCUACCGUCAAAGAGCCGUCUGAAACGCCAGAGCAGGACCUUCACCCAGGUGUUGUACCGCACGCUGAGCUACCGGGACCGCGUGCCGGCCGAGAACGGAGUGCCGGCGGCGCGCGGCGAGCGCUGCUCCGACGCGGAGCCCCCGGAGCGGCCGGCCGACGACCCGGCGGAGCUGUCCACGCAGAGCUCCGCCCCCGGCGUGCUGAAGAUCUUCGGGGACGAGAUCUGCGCCGGCGCCAACUACAAGAGCGUGCUGGCCACGCACCGCUCCAGCGCCCAGGAGCUGGUCAAGGAGGCGCUGGAGCGCUACUCGCUCAACAAGGGCGCCGCCCACUCCUACGUGCUGUGCGACGUGAUCGGCCGCCUGGAGGGCAGCGGGGACGGCGUGGGCUGGAGGACGGAGUGCCUGCGCGCCAUGGGGGACAACGAGAAGCCCCUGCUGCUGCAGGAGCUGUGGAAGCCCCGCGAGGGACACGCCCGACGGUUCGAGCUGCGGCGGCGGGCCGAGGUGGAGGAGCUCAACGCGAAGGAUAAGGACACGGUCACCGCGGGGACCAAAACCCCCCAAUUCCUGGCCGCCCUCAUGGGUCGCUCUGGGCUGGGCAGACACAGGAGCUCCCCCGUUCGACCCGGUCGGGUGGUACAGUCCGGCUCCAAAGAUAUCAAUGCCCAGGCCCGUAAGCUCCAGAGGAACAGGGCAAAGGGGACCCUGACCCUCCCCAGGCCGGGCAGCUCCUCCCUCUGCCGCAGCCUCAGCGAGACCAGCCUCAACCAGCUGGACCUGGGUGAGGAGCCCAAGCGGUACUACUCCACCCUGCCUGGGCCCCUGAGGGCCCGGGGGGGCCGCGAGCGGGAGGGCCCCGGCUCGGGGGGGCGGAGGAAAGAGGAGGGGAGCCAGGGGGGGGGUGGCGAUGUGAAGCACUCCCUGUACCAGUCUCCCCACCUGCUGCUGCUGCAGGGCUACAACAAACAGGACUGCCUGGUGUACCUGCUGAACCGGGAGCAGCACACGGUGGGCCAGGAGACCCCGUCGGCCCGGCCCAACAUCUGCCUCUCCUCGCCCGACAUCCUGCCCCUGCACUGCCGCCUGAGGCGCGUCCCGCUGCCCCGUCGCCACGGCAAUGGCGGCGGCGGCGGCCACGGCCACGGCCAAUGCGUGGCCAACGGCGGCAAGCCGGGCGAGGACCCGGCGGAGGGCGGCGGGCGCUUCUGCGUGGCGGUGGAGCCCCUCCCCCACGCGGGGGUCCUGGUGAACUUCGCCCGCUGCGAGCGCUCCAGCGCGCUGCGCCACGGCGACCUGCUGUCCUUCGGCGCCCACUACAUCUUCCUGUACAAGGACCCCGCGGGCGCCCAGGCGCUGCCCGCCCAGACGCUGGCGCGCCUGCGCAGCCUGGGGCAGCUCUACGACGGCGGGGGGUGUGGAGGAGGAGGAGAGGACGGGGGAGGAGGAGGAGGGGGAGGAGGGGGAGGGGAGCAGAUCUGCCGGAUGUGCGGCACGGUGCUGAGGGAGCGGCCGGCGGGGCAGGGGGCGUCUAGCGUGCCGGCGGUCCGCCGCAGCUUCAAACCCCAUCUGGUGAAGCCCCGAGGAGGAGGAGGAGGAGGAGGGGGAGGAGGAGGAGGAGGAGGAGGAGGAGGACAGAAGAGGCGGCUGCAGCUGGACUUUGACCAGGCCCACGAGGACCAGCUGCUGAGCCGGAUCCUCUCCCUCAUAGAGCCUGGAGGCGACGACCACAAGCUGACUCCGGCCUACCUGCUGUGUCUGUGCAUCCAGCACUCGGCCUCCACCUUCCCGCCCGGCAGCUUCGGCAAGCUGCUGCUCAAGAUCGUGCGCCGCAUCCAGACCAUCGCGUGGGAGAAGACAAAAGAGCUGGCACAGAAGCAAGCUCAGCACCAGGACCCAGCCACCCUGUCUCUGCUCAGCAUCUCAGACCUGGUGCCAGACCUCCAGACCAUCUUCUUCUGGAUGUCCAACUCCAUAGAGCUGCUCUACUUUAUACAGCAGCGGGCGCCUGCAUACACACACAGCAUAGAGACACUGCAAGGGUCAAAGGAGUCAUUGCUGUCAGCUACGAUAUCAGCCAAUGAGGAGGCCAUGACCAUCUUAGAGGAAGUGAUCAUGUACACCUUUCAGCAGUGUGUGUACUACAUCACCAAGUCCCUAUAUGUUGUGUUGCCAGGUUUGUUAGAUUGUAACCCGUUCCCAGCAGACAACUCAGAGCCUUGCUGGAAAGGAGGCAAGGGGUUUCCUGAACCAGUUCGCAGGGUCCUACAGGUGUUCCAGAUUUCCCAGGAGCUGUUGCAGGGGUACCAAGUCCACCCGGAGAUCCAAGCUCAGAUGUUUGCCUAUCUUUUCUUCUUCUCCAACGUGUCACUGUUUAACCAGCUUAUGGACAAAGGGCCCUCGCGGGGCUUGUUCCAGCGCUCCAAGGUGCUGCAGAUCCAGGCGUGUGUGCGGAUGCUGAUGGAGUGGGCCAGCCGGUCCGGUCUGGGCCACCUCGCAGACAAGUUCUUCACCAAGUUCAACAGCAUCGUGUCCAUCCUGGCCACACCGCCGCUGCAGCUCAAACAGCUGAGCUGGAGGACCCUGUCCAGUGACCACCCCAGUCUCAAGCCGGUCCAGUUGCACCGGCUCCUCACCCAGUACCAGCUGACCGCCGAGACCGGGCCUGUCCCGGCCUGGCAGCCCAACAGCGAGGACGAGGCAUACAUAUACCGAACCGUGGACCUCCUGGAGAGCUUUGAGAACCACCCCCCCAUCGUGCUGCCCAGCGCCGGCUUCCGGGUGGACCUGGACAGCGACUGUGUGGAGGACAGCCUCUACCGCCAGCUGCUCUACAUCCGCCACUACCUGUGGGGCCUGCGCACAAAGGGCCACGGCCCGGGGCCCGGCCACGGCCCGGGGCCCGGCCACGGCCCGGGGCCCGGGCCCGGCGUGCACACGCAGUCCAACGGCACCAACACCGCAGACUGGCCGGAGGUCCAGAGGGAGCUGCUGCCCCCCAGCCACAGCAGCCCGAGGUCGGGCCCCCCUCCCGGGGACACGGGGCCGCCGGAGCCCGCGGAGGAGCGAGCCCGGGACAGACCGCCCGGCCAAUCACACAGCAGCCUCCGGAGGAACGGCAACGCCCACCACCCUCGACCAGCCAAUGCGGACCUCUCUUGCCUCCUCACGCCGCCCAACACGCCCCUCUACCCCGACGGGGGCGGGCCGGGCCCCGUGCUAGGCCACGCCCCCCAGAGUAACGGCUGCAUGAGCAGGACCAUGGCGGAGUCCAAGAAGAGCAAUGGGCUGAUCACCAACGGACUGGAAGGGUAUGUUAGUGGGUGUGACUUUCCUUUCCCUGUCCCCUCCCCUGGCGCCCCUCCCCUCCCUGAUGACUUGUGUGUGGUGUUUGUAGUGGAGCUGGACAAGGGGCCAUAUGGAUUGGGCAUGGGACUCAUAGAUGGCUUGCACACCCCUCUGAACGCUCCGGGGAUCUACAUCCGCACCCUGAUCCCCGACGGGCCCGCCUCCUCCGACGGCAGGCUGAGGAUCGGGGACCGCAUCCUGGCCGUCAACGGGACCAGCCUGAUCGGCGCGGACUACCAGAGCGCGGUGGAUCUGAUCCGACUCGGAGGAGGCCGUUUGCGCUUCCUGGUGGCCAAGUCUGACCUGGAGGUCUCGGAGAAGAUAAGUGCCUCCUCCUGCUAAUGGCCACACUGCCUACAGACACCGACACACACACACACACACACACACACACACACACACACACACACAAACACACACACACACCAAGCACAUGUUUUGUACCCACACAGCAUCCAAGAGGAAACAGGAAGUGGAUACUCUAUGGGUGGGGGCGGGGUGUGUGUAUAUAUGGGUCCAUAUUUACAAGAACACAUUUUGUGUUCCAGGUUUCAUUUGAAUGUGCUCUUACAAGCUUGCAUGUGCACACACACAGACACACACACCCACAUACACAUACACACACACACACAGACACAGAAACCCUAAUUUAAUCAUGAAUGUGAACAUUACUCGUAGCACAAUCAGGAGAUUACACUCUACAGAAACUGCCGCCCCUCCCUGUAUCUGUUUGGAGUCGCACAGCAUGAGAGGACCAUGUGAUGGCAGAGUUGGAUGAUAGGUUGUUGUCUGUUGAGGAGGUUUAAAGCAGUGGUUCCCAAACUCUGGUCUCACUCAAGGGCCCCUGGCACUGAAUAACUGUGCUGAAAUGUUGCAUUCAGAGGUCAAUUACUGGCUCUCAGAUCCAGUGUUUGCUGUGUCAUGCAGUCAACACAGACAGUUAUUUGCACACCAUUUUUGGUGUUUUUGAGUUUGUUGUACAUUGCGUUGCCUUGAUGUAUAAAUGAGCAGCACACCGUGUGCUUAGACGCAAAAGGGGCCAAUAACAAAGAUCACACUUGAGACGGCAUGAGCAAAAGUUUGAGAAGCGCUGCUUUGCAGCACUUAUCAAACUCACACUGCGUGGUAGGACGCCAGUGUCUUUGUUCAAACCAUGGCGCAAGAGUGCCCAGCGACUCCUGCAGUGUAUAGCUCUUUCCUAGCGCCUAGUGGGUUGUUUCCCAGUUCCAUAAGUCUUGCAGGUAGGGUUACAGCAGCCUCAAGUGGUUGUAAAUGUAGGCGACCACUCUGCUGGUUUCCACAUCACCUGCAGGAUGAUAAAUAAUAAAGUGAGCACUUACCAAGUGAAACAGCCUUAGUGAAACUCCAGAGUUCUAGCAUUGUGGUAAACUGUCGAGAGGGAGACGACGUUUUGUAUAUUGAGUGUACACUUUUAUGUAUAAACGUGAAUGUUGAAACAUUGUGGAGAAUAGAAGUUGGUGAUAGUGAGUCUGACUAUUAGAAUGUUUUGAUACAUCGCAGUGCUCAUAUUUUCCGAUAUCUGAACAUUAUCAUUAGACUUCUAGGGAAAUAUUCAUAAAAUGACAAAACGUUGGCUGAUAAAGGUUGUGUCUGCCUGGCCUUUUUCUGUUGAUUACCUUAGCUGCAAAGACAACUACUUUUACUGAAUGGCACAAGUAUUGUACAAACCUUCACUUUCUUUACAAUUGUAUAUACAUAUAUAUAUACAUAUGUUCUCUAGUUGUGUGUAAAUAUUUAUUUGUAAAUAUUCUUUGUUCCAUUUUGUUAGUUUGAUGUUAGAAAUUAAUAUGCGAAAGCAUACGAGAACCUCCUGGAAAUGGAUUAUCUUGUUGAACAUUUUGGAACGUACAUAUUUUUUGAUUUGAAUUUAUUUUUGUGUUCAAUGGUUUGUAUUCCUUACUGGUUUUAAUGCAAGUAUGUCUUGUUUCUCUCUGAUCAAUAUUUAUACUGUUUAAGGAUAUUGGCCCUUAAAAAAUGAAUUAAAAUAAAUAAUUGAACAAUC